GAUUUCCUGCCGGAGGUUUCCGUAAAAUGUUUAUUUUGUUUGUUUACAGAUCGCAUUCAAUUUUUGCUAAUAUAUUACCAUAUUAACCAUCUAUAGUUUGCUGCAGUGCGAUACACUAAUAUUUCAGUUAUUCAGGUUUAAGACCUGUGAACAGCUGAUAUGGCCAAGAGUGUACAACAUUCCAAAAUUGUGUAUCCCCCGGGAUGCAAAGAAUUAACCGAGGAUGUUGGGAAAGAUGAACUUAUCAGAAGAUUAAAGGUACUAGCAAGAGCCUUUCAGGAUAUGGGACAAGAUGACAAUGACAGCUAUGCACCUUUAGCCCUUCACCUGGCUACAGACACAUAUCUAGAACACAGCAAUAAGGAUGUUCGUCUUCUCACAGCUUGUUGCAUUGCUGAUGUAUUCCGCAUAUUUGCACCUGAAGCUCCAUACAAAGAGUCUGAUCAGUUAAAAGAAAUUUUUCUGUUCUUCAUUCAACAAUUAAGAGGUUUGGAAGAUCCUGAUGCCCCAUCAUUCAAGCGUUACUUUUAUUUGUUAGAGAAUCUGUCAUGGGUGAAAUCAUUCAAUAUUUGCAUUGAAUUAGAUGAAAAUCAAGAGAUUUUUUGUGCACUCUUCAAGCUGUUCUUUUCUAUAAUAAAUGAAAGACACACAAGUAAAGUAAAGACUUUCAUGCUUGAUAUCAUGUCCCCGCUCAUCUCCGAGGCAGAUUUUGUUUCCCAGGAGCUGCUGGAGGCCAUACUUGUCAACAUGGUUGACCCCAACAAGACUCAGAAGAAAAUGGCAUAUGCAAUGGCUAAAGAUUUGGUGAAAAGAACAUCUUCAACCAUUGAACCUUACAUUCAAACAUUUUUUAACAACAUGCUGAUGCUGGGUAAGCAGGCUAACAAUGAUGUUGGGAACCACCUGUAUGACCUGAUCUAUGAACUGAACCAGGUUUCUCCUAGUAUUCUGCUAGCAGUUAUUCCACAGCUAGAAUUCAAACUCAAGAGUAAUGAAGAAAGUGAGAGGAAAAGUGUAACAAAACUACUGGCUAAAAUGUUCUCAGAGAAAGAAUCUGAUUUAGCCUCACAAAAUAGAGCCCUCUGGGUUUGCUUCUUAGGAAGAUUUAAUGACAUUAGUGUUGCCAUAAGGACAGCUUGCAUACAACAGACUCAUCACUUUAUACUUAAUCAUCCAGAGCUGGUCAAGGACAUACUGGAUCAGAUCAAAGUUCGACAACAUGACCCUGAGGAGUCUGUUCGCAUGGAUGUAGUCAAUAGUUUACUGACAGUAGCAAAAAAAGACCUGAAAGUUAUGACGCCCGAAAUGCUUCAGUUUGUGAAGGAGAGAACUUUGGAUAAAAAGUUCAGGAUUCGUCGUGAAGCCCUUUUGGGUCUUGGCUCUAUGUAUAAGCAGGCUAUUAUUGACAAAGAUCAACCUGAUCCAGAAAUGGUUAGCCGACUAGACUUUGUGAAAAACAAAGUGUUCCACCACUAUUACCAGAACACACCAGAUGACAGAUUGCUGGUUGAACGGAUGUUGAAUAUUCACUUGGUACCAUACCAGAAGCCAGUGAAUGAAAGGAUGGCAAUACUUUUGAACCUGUAUACCACACUUGAUGAGCAUGCAGUCAAGGCUUUCUCAGAAAUGUUGAAAUGCCGAAAUGUUAUUCGACAACUGGUUCUUCAGCUAGUAGAUGCCCAUGAAAGAGCUAAUGAAGCUACUCCCCCGACCGUAAUGCCAAAGCUAAUUCAGUUGGGGCGCACUAUGCCGGAGCAGUUGAAACCUCAAGAAUAUUUAAAGAAAUUUAAUUUGAUGAUUAAAGAUGACGCUCGUCUAAGGCUGUUAGUGAAAACAUUAGUGGGACCUUCAUGUACUUGCAAGAAAGCUGAAGAAAUAGUGAAGGAAAUAUUGAAGAAAAUUGGCUGCACCACAGGAACACCAAAUAUUUUCUACCAGCUUGUGAAGACACUAUUAGAAAGAAUUGCCCCAGUAAUGGUGGAUGCAUUAGCAGUUGAUCAUCUAGUAUUGGCUGUUUCAGAGCGGGUUGCAGGAGUUGAUGAAGAGUUGCGGGAUGCUGUGGAUGGUGGAGAGCAAAAAGGGGUGCAACUUUUACUGACUUUAUCCCAGUAUUUUCCCCACUACUUCAAGUCUGUGGAGAUUUUUGAAAACUUUCUUACAUUUGUCAAACAUGAUGAUGAUGUUGUCAGUGAUUUGUCCAUACAAAUUAUAACUAACACAGGCUCACAUCUACACAUGGAUCACCCAGAUGUUUAUUCCUCACUGGUUCCUUUGCUGAUCAAUUUAGCUAAGUAUGGUUCGCCUAGACAAGCCAAGCAUGCCCUUAGGUGCAUAAAUACUAUAUGUAUUAAUAAAGAACAAGCCAUAUCCAACAUUUUUGAGUCGGUCCAGACAGCUCUAAACCCAGACAAUGCUAAUUACUUGACUGCCAUCGUCUCUCUUGGACACAUUGCCCAGCUGUUCCCAAAACUUUAUAGUGGAGAGAUCAAGAGUAUUGUGUCUAAAAUUAUUGUUAAAGAUCUUUUGAUGAAAGAUAGGACACAAGGUGCUGCUACUGAAGAAUCCUGGUGCUCUGACCAUCAAGUAUCAGAUGAAACCAAAGCAAAGAUUCAAGCAAUGAAGCUUUUAGUGCGUUGGUUACUUGGUCUUAAAUCAAACACAAGCAACUCUGGUACCUCUACACUUAGACUUCUGUACACAGUUAUCAUUCAUGACGGGGACCUCAUGGAAAAUGGAUUGACAAAUAAACCUGAGCUGGCCAGACUUCGUCUUCAGGCUGGAUGCUGCAUGCUCAAGUUGGCUGAGGAACCUUGUUAUGCUGAAAUCAUUGUGAAGGAACAAUUUCAGGCUCUUGCCCUUAUGUUGAAUGAUGUUUGCUAUCAAGUGCGGCUACGCUUUGCUAAUCGCUUACAGAAGGGUCUGAUAAGUCUUAAGCUUCCCUUGGAAUACAUGUCUAUCCUGUGCCUGGGAGCCAAUGACCCAACCAAAGAGAGAAGACAGCAGCUAAAGCAGUUUCUGUCACAGAACAUCAACAAACGACGAGAGUACAUUAAACAAAAUCCAAGUGCAAGGGGGCGCAUGUUUUACCUACUCCCUGACUAUGUCAUACCCUACACAAUACACUUGCUUGCUCAUGAUCCAGACUUUAAGUCCUAUGAGGAUGUUGACAGCCUAAAAAGUUUAAAAGAGUGUUUGUGGUUUAUGAUGGACCCACUCACACACAAGCAUGAAGACUACAACUACGCAUUCCUAAGACGAAUGAUUGAAAAUAUCAAACAAACAAAAGAUGCCCAAUGCCCUGAUGAUGAGUCUGCUAAUAAGAAAAUGUAUGCAGUGUGUGAUAUAGCUUUAGGAUUGAUGCAUGCAAAGGCAGGUACAAUAACUCUCAAGGAAGUAACUCAAGAACCAAUCCUACCAAGCAAAUUGUUCACAUCACCUGACAAGAACUAUUCCAACCUACAGAGUUAUUUACCCAAAGAUUUUCCAUUUGAGGCAAAGAGACGGGUUGGAGGCUCAGUGAAUUAUACUGGUGAGGUGAAGAAAGCUUCAAAUGAACCAACAACCACUGAAAUAGUUGUCCUGAGCCACGCUCCUGUCGUUAAUCCUUUACCCAGAGCACCACCUCAUUUCAGAGAAUCACAUACUCGAAGGAAAAAGGCUACUGAAAAUGAGAAGAGAUCUGUAGGAGAAGGGUUUGAUUCUGACUCACAGUCCCCAAAGCAGUCUGACACAGACGAACCAGCAAAGCAAAAGCAGUCCAAAGCUAAAAAAGCCUCAGCUGCUGCUGCUUCAAGAAGAGGGGGUGCCAGGAAGAGUAAAGAAGAGGUGAAGUAUAAGGAACCAGAUGAAGAGGAAGCUGAAGAAGAGGAGUCGCCGCCUGCCAAAAGAGCCAAAUCACCACCAGCUAAAGCUGGAACAAAACAAACCAAAAUGGAAGAUUUUGCUAAGUCAAGACCAAGAGGGCGUCCACCCAACAGUGCAAACAAAACCCCCAAUGCUCAAACCAAUGCCAAGGCAACUAAAAGAAAACUUCAGAGUCCUAUUCUCAAAGUUGUCACAUCCCCGACUCCUUCAAAAAUAAGAAAGCGGGAUGCUGAAAAUAAUGGUUCGGCAGAGAAGAAAGGUGAUGAUCGCCCUAGCCCUGCUGUUGUGCGCAGGCUCAAGCCUCCAACCUUGCGAGAAGAUUUUAGUCGUAAUCCUACUCACAGAUCCACCCGCCCCAGUCCAGUUCAAGUCAGUGGAAAACUGUCACCUCCCUCGUCACCAGCAUCUGCAUCACCUCGCCAAGCUAGAAUAUCCAGGAUAAAACAGGGGGUAGUUAGAACAUCAAGCGAUUCUGGUUCUGAAAGGUCAUGCUCCCCUUCAGCCCCGCCACCCCCAGUCAAAAGGGGGCCAAUAGCUAGACCAGAGCCUGUAAAAUCCAAUCUGCGAAAUGUGAGAAGGUCACGAAUAGCAAAUGGCACUUCAGAUGGUGAAGACACCCCAGAAACUGAGACCUCUCAGUCAUCCUCUGCCAGUCUUCCCAAGCCUGCUAGUAAUGUACUUUCCACACAAGAAGACGAAGAUGAUGGCUUGAAUGUGAAAAGAAAGACAAGAUUGAGAAAAACAUAAUUUUGCAUUUAUAUUGUUUUUAAUCACAUUUCUUGUUAUUUGCUGGUUUUUUUUUUGUAUAAUUGUCUCACUCUUAACAUUAGAUCUGUCUGGCAUACUUUUAUGUUUUUCUUCUUCUUUGAUGAAUAUAAAUGAAUUACCCUUAUUGUUUUUUGGUUCACAAUUUUUAUUCGUAAUCCAAAUAAUUUAGGAGAUAUUGCUGAUCGUGAACAUCACUUUAAAAAAGGCUUAUGUAUUACAAUCAAGUAAUUACAAAUCUCCAGAAAACAAUUUUAAAUAUUUAUUUUCAUACAAAUUUAUGUCCAUUUUUAGAACAUUUAUUCUUGUACUGUUAAAAUGUCAUUGAUAAAAGGGUUGUAAAGUUAUUUUAUACUACAGAAAGAAAAACUGUUAAAGUACUACAUAGCAAUGUAUGUCAGAAAUUUUACAUACUUUUACAUUAUAAAGUCAAAAACAUUAAAAUGUUUUUAUAUUGUGCCUGUAAUGUAUAGUUGAAGAGGUUUUUUAAAAUUUGAAAACAGUUUUCUUUUACUUUCCUUUUAAAAAAAAUUGAACAUAUAAUAUUCCAUGUUACCAGACAGCUUUUUCAUAACUUAUCACAUUUUGUAAAAAUUCAUUUUACCAAUUCAUUGCUAAUGUUGCCUUGUAAUGCGGUAUAUUGAUUUUAAUUAAAAAAAUAAAUAGCAAUAAGUGUUGUUUGAAAUUCUGUUCUUACAAGCUUUUAUUUAGUUCGCAAUGUUUGUGGCGCAGGGAUUUUGGUCAAAC